AUGAUCAACAAUGCAAGCUCUUUACUUAAUCAAUUAGAUAUAUCGUUAGAUUAUAUCAUAUCCAUGCUUUCAAUUGGAUUAGAAAUUUAUAUGCAAUAAAAAUUGGAUACAUUACAAUAUUUUAGUUUAGGUUUAUUGGCUUUGGCUGGAUUUGCAAAGUUGGUGGAAAAAAAAAAGCUUUUUGGGAUUAAGUAAGGUAUGAAAUUAGAUUAUCAUGGAUUAGAUUAUACGCCUAUUUUCUUUUGGUCACUUGCAUUAGUGAGGGUAGUGUUCAUAAAAAACAUCAAGGAAGAUUAGGCAAUUUUUUGGCUCUAUAAUCUGGGUUUUAGUAAUGGAUAGUAUAUGAGCAUUACUCCUACUAAAUUUCUAAACCAUGUAACUUAAUUAGUAAAAGCAUUUGUAUAAUUCGGAUUGCUGGUUGGCCUUUUCAUAUAUUAUUUUGAAGAUUAAAUUGUUUCAAGUAUUUUACUCAUUAUAACGAUGCUAUUUAUUCAAUAUCAAAAUUAUCGAUAAAAUAUCAAGUUAAUAGAACUGAACAAAGAUGAAUAGUAUUACCAGAGCAAUGCUAAUUUAAAUGGAUCUCUGAACAAAUUUCUCCCUAAACAAUAAGAGUAAACAAAAUAAAAAGUAAAACUGCAAGAAGAAGGAUCAUUAAGCAGAUAAGAAGCAUCUAUGCAUCUGAUGCCUGAUCAAGUGGACAUCUAAGCACCUACUCAGAAAAUUGCGUGGUAGUAAUUUAUUGAAUAGAGUGAAGAUUACAUUAGUAAAUUCUAUUUCAGUGCGAAUGAUUUAGAAAAUAACAUAAAUUAAGCAUCAAAUAAUUAUUCAAUGAACAAACUUCUAUAAGACAACAAAAUUUAAUUAGCCUCUUUAUUUAAACAAAUCAAAGUAAGCAGUGAUUUUAAUGUUAAAUUAUAUGAAUCAAAUAAUUUAGAUAAGAAAUAGGAUAGUUUUUUUUUUGAUUGGAUUCAAGCUAAUGCCAAUUCUUUUAAGUUUAAUGAUUUAAAUUAUAUAAGAGGACUGGAAGAAAACUUAGUUAUUAGUUCACAAAUUAAUAAAUAAUCCAUCGUGAUGAUAGAUGCAUUUAUUGAGAAAUAAUUAUCUGGCAUAUCUGCUAUUUAGUUAAGUUCAGGGUUUCUUGAAGUAUCAAAUCUAAAAAAUAGAAAAGUUUUAUAUGGAAAAUAUAAUGGAAUUGGAUAAAACUACAAUUUUUAUAUUUAAAUUAGUUUUUUUGAAGAAGUAUUUUUAAUAUUUAUAAAAGGAAGUGGAUGGUGUUUAACGUUAAGUGACUGCUGUUCUCAUUAGGGACUUAGAAAAGUAAGUUCAAUAAAUUAAAACAAACUUGAAAAACAUUCAAAAAAUCAACUCAACUAUAAAAUUUUUGAAAUAGCAAGCUGAUUUAAUCUAGAGCAUUCAUAAAAAGAUAAAUAUCUAAGAGAAAACAAUUACUGACAUUUUAAAUCCGAAAUAAAAAAAUAUUAAUUUAAUAAAAACGCAUUCCAUUUGUUCAUAAAAAGACAGCGUUGAUGAUGCGUUAUCAGAAAUUUCUGAGAAAGCAUAGAAAAAUUGUUAAAUAACAUAAUUCAUCAAAUAGCUACAAUUUUCAUUUAUGAAAAUAACUCAAAACAACUUUAACUAUUUUGAAGUUUUCUCCAUAAAUGAGUUCGUUUAUCUAGAAAAGAACAAUGUAGAUAUAACACAAACUAUUAAUUUGUUAAUUAAUUAGUUUCAUUACGAUGAAAUAGUUAUUGGAUAGAAAAUUAGUAUCACUAUGCGACAUAAGUUAAAAAAUAAAUCCAUAAUAACAGAUAAAAGGUGUAUUUAUAUAUAAAUUAUAUAGACGUUUGAAAUAGUUAUUAUUUAAUAUUAUCUACAAUUCAAUUAAAUCUUAUGACUAUGAUCUUUAAAAUUCAAUGGUAAAAAAGCAGGUUGAAAUUGUGCUUAAGAACUACAAUCAAGAAAACAUUCAUUUUAAGAUAGUUGAUUAUGGAUGUGGUUUAACAGAAGAUAAUAUAAAUUCAAAAAGACUUGAUGAUUGCAAAUUAGGCUUAGCUGCAUCCUAGAAACUCAUUAAGAUGUUAGGAGGUAAUAAUAAAUAAUUAAAAAUAACUCGUUCUCAAUCAAAAAAUAAGACAAAAGUUACAUUUGAAUUACCACAUAUAUUAUUCGUUGAUAGAGCAGAAAUUAUGGGAGACGACUUUGAUUUUGAUAGCAUUUAAUUAGUCUUUACUCCUUGA